UUCAAUAUCUGCAAUGGCCGAUGGAUUACAGCUCAGCCAAAUCAGAUAUCAACCCUGAUCGUUCUUCACUUAUUGCCUUCAAAUCUCGAAUAUCUUCAGAUCCUAAUAAUAUAUUGUCCCAAAAUUGGAGAAACGAAAGCAAUAUCUGUAGUUGGAUGGGAGUUACUUGUGAUUCUCGAUAUCAUAGGGUGACUCAGUUGAAUAUAUCUUCCAUGGGCCUUGUCGGGACCAUCCCACCUGAAAUCGGGAAUCUUUCUUUUCUCGUUUCUUUAGAUUUGAGUGAGAACUCUUUUCAUGGUCCUAUUCCUUCAUCUAUUUUCAACAUGUCAAGUUUAGAAGUUUUGAAUUUGAGGAAUAAUAGUUUGUCAAGCAGUCUACCAAUUGAUAUGUGCAAGCACAAUCUGCAUGGACUCAAGAGGCUUCGUAUUUCUUACAACAAGUUGUUCGGGGAAAUACCAUCGAGUUUGGAGCACUGUUCACAACUUACGUAUGUUUCUUUGGCCACCAACAAUUUCAGUGGACAUGUGCCAACACAAAUUGGGAACUUGACAUUGCUUCAAGAAUUAUACUUGGGUUCCAACAAUUUAAGUGGUUGAGCGGGAUGUUGCGGUGGAUGUUGAGUUGGCUAAAGACCCUAGGAUACGUUGUG